CCUCCGCGCCACGGGGCACAUGUCUGCUUCUUACAACACCGCGAGGCACAUGGUCCCAGUUAGACACCGAACCCCAUCGGGACAGAAAGGAAAUCCACAUCUGUGGGACGCUCCGCGCAGAACCGCCACCUCCAACGAGGGAGGCCGGGGGGACUGCAGCAGCGACAUGAAGAAGGGCUAGAACGAGGGGACGCGGCUCAUGCGACGGCCGGGAGCGCCUGCGAGCUGGAUCGGGAGGAGGAUGCUGCGGCAGGUGCUUCGCAGAGGGCUCCAGUCAUUCUGCCACAGGCUGGGCUUGUGCGUGAGCCGGCACCCGGUCUUUUUCCUCACCGUGCCGGCAGUCCUGACCAUCACCUUCGGCCUCAGCGCGCUCAACCGCUUCCAGAUCGAGGGCGACCUGGAGCGCCUGGUUGCUCCCAGCCACAGCCUGGCCAAGAUCGAGCGCAGCCUAGCCAGCAGCCUUUUCCCCCUGGACCAGUCCAAAAGCCAGCUCUAUUCGGACUUACACACCCCUGGGAGGUAUGGCAGGGUGAUCCUCCUCUCCUCACCCGGGGACAAUAUUUUGCUCCAGGCUGAGGGGAUCCUGCAGACCCACCGAGCCGUGCUGGAAAUGAAGGUGAACCACAAGGGCUAUAAUUAUACUUUUUCCCAUCUGUGUGUAUUGAGAAAUCAGGAUAAGAAAUGCGUGCUGGAUGAUAUUAUUUCAGUGCUAGAGGAUCUCAGGCAGGCUGCCGUCUCCAAUAAGACAACAGCCAGGGUGCAAGUAAGGUAUCCCAACACUAAAUUAAAGGAUGGGAGGAACAGUUUUAUUGGACACCAGCUGGGCGGGGUAGUGGAAGUGCCAAACAGCAAAGACCAGCGGGUCAAGUCAGCCAGAGCCAUUCAAAUCACCUACUACCUCCAGACCUAUGGUUCUGCCACUCAAGACCUCAUAGGGGAGAAGUGGGAGAAUGAGUUCUGUAAGCUUAUGAGGAAGCUCCAGGAUGAGCACCAAGACCUCCAACUGUACUUUCUGGCAUCUUUUAGCCUCUGGAGAGACUUUCAUAAGACCAGCAUCCUGGCCAGAAGCAAGGUCCUGGUGAGCCUCGUCCUGAUCCUGACCACGGCCACCCUAUCCAGCUCCAUGAAGGACUGCUUGCGCAGUAAGCCCUUCCUGGGCCUCCUGGGGGUGCUCACCGUGUGCAUUUCCAUCGCCACUGCAGCUGGGAUCAUCUUCAUCACUGAUGGAAAGUACAACUCCACCCUGCUGGGAAUCCCUUUCUUCGCCAUGGGUCAUGGAACUAAAGGAGUAUUUGAGCUUCUAUCUGGAUGGCGGAGAACCAAAGAGAAUUUACCCUUCAAAGACAGGGUAGCAGAUGCCUAUUCUGAUGUGAUGGUCACCUACACCAUGACCAGCUCCCUGUACUUCAUCACGUUUGGUAUGGGUGCCAGCCCCUUCACAAACAUAGAGGCAGUGAAGAUCUUCUGUCAGAAUAUGUGUGUCUCUAUUCUAUUGAACUACUUCUAUAUUUUCUCUUUCUUUGGCUCUUGCCUGGUCUUUGCUGGACAACUAGAGCAAAAUCGAUACCACAGCAUCUUUUGCUGUAAGAUUCCUUCUGCCGAGUACCUGGACCGCAAACCCGUGUGGUUCCAGACAGUAAUGAGUGACGGGCACCAACAGACAUCACAUCAUGAGACAAACCCCUACCAGCACCAUUUCAUUCAGCACUUCCUCCGAGAACAUUACAAUGAAUGGAUUACCAAUAUCUAUGUGAAGCCAUUUGUGGUCAUCCUGUAUCUCAUUUAUGCUUCCUUCUCCUUCAUGGGGUGCUUGCAGAUCAGUGAUGGAGCUAGCAUCAUCAACCUACUAGCCAGCGACUCCCCAAGUGUUUCCUAUGCCAUGGUUCAGCAAAAGUAUUUCAGCAACUAUAGUCCCGUCAUAGGAUUCUAUGUCUAUGAACCCCUUGAGUACUGGAACAGCAGUGUCCAGGAGGAUCUGCAGAGGCUCUGUAGUGGGUUCACUACGGUGUCCUGGGUGGAACAGUACUAUCAGUUUCUGAAAGUCAGCAACAUCAGUGCCAAUAACAAGACUGACUUCAUCAGUGUCCUACAAAGCUCGUUUUUAAAAAAGCCAGAAUUCCAACAUUUUCGGAAUGAUAUCAUUUUCUCUAAGGCGGGGGAUGAAAACAACAUCAUCGCUUCUCGCUUGUAUCUGGUGGCUAGGACUAGCAGGGACAACCAGAAGGAGGUCAUAGAAAUUCUGGAUAAGCUGAGGCCCCUGUCUCUCUCAAAGAGCAUCCGGUUCAUCGUGUUUAACCCUUCUUUUGUUUUCACAGACCAUUACAGUUUGUCAGUCACUGUGCCUGUCCUGAUCGCAGGCUUUGGGGUCCUCCUGGUGUUGAUCCUGACUUUCAUCCUAGUGAUCCACCCUCUGGGAAACUUCUGGCUCAUUCUUAGUGUCACCUCAAUCGAACUGGGCGUUCUGGGCUUAAUGACCCUGUGGAAUGUCGACAUGGAUUGCAUUUCUAUCUUGUGCCUUAUCUACACUUUGAAUUUUGCCAUUGACCACUGUGCGCCACUGCUUUACACGUUUGUAUUAGCAACUGAGCACACCAGGACACAAUGUAUAAAGCGCUCCCUGCAAGAGCAUGGGACAGCCAUUUUGCAAAACAUUACUUCUUUUCUUAUUGGGUUGGUCCCCCUCCUAUUUGUGCCUUCAAACCUGACCUUCACACUGUUCAAAUGCUUGCUGCUGAGCGGGUGUUGCACGCUUCUGCACUGUUUUGUUAUCUUACCUGUGUUCCUAACCUUUUUCCCUCCUUCCAAAAAGCACCACAAGAAAAAGAAACGUGCCAAACGAAAGGAGAGAGAGGAAAUUGAAUGCAUAGAAAUUCAAGAGAACCCUGAUCACGUCACCACAGUUUGAGGGUGGAGACUUUUUUUUUCUUUUCCAGUGUUGCACAAUGAUGCAGGGCAAGUAAAGCUCAGACCUCAGCUGCUUGGGCUGGCCAGUGGUAACAAGGCAAGUCAGAUCAAGAGUGCAUUAUUCACAACACAUCCAAGGGUCCGCUUCCUGUGUUGGCGGGGAGGGAAUAAAAAGAGGGAAAAUUCUUGGCAACCUUGUUCUCCAUGAGAGAUAAAUUCCCAGACGUUGAUCUUAGAGCUUUGCCAAGGAAUGGGUUAAGGCAGAAGGCUGGAAGACCUAAAGAUCCAAAAGAAAUACUUAGAAUAAAUGAAAAAGAGAGAGUAGGUGGUCUCCAGAUAGGCAGAAUGACAUAGAAAAUGUCUAAAUUGGCCUGUCACUUUUCAUGCUUGUUUUUUUGAACAGGUCAGUCAAAGGAAACAUGUGCACAUGGGAAGUAUAUAUAUAUAUAAUCCUGUCUAAACCAAAGGAUCACCCAACCCAUUUUGUGUGUACUUAUAAGUAUACAGAUACUUAUAUUUGUCUUUAGAGUAUAUUGGUGUUUGGGUGAAGGGAGGUGUCCAUUUGCAGAUAGGCUGGCCUUUCUCUAGAAAGUCAAAUCACCUUUAGUCAAAUAUAUAAGCUCAUUAGAGGUGAUGCAAAACAUAUAAAUGGUCACUUAAAAUCAACUCAACUGUCUAGACAGCAAGAGCAUUUUCAACUGUGUGAUUAAUAAAAUAAAUAGAAAUUUGAAUCCAUUAAAUUCUACAUGUCAUGUUGUCGGUCACUGAGAUUCUAACUUUGGGAUGACUUCACACACACACACACACACACACACACACACACACAAUCAAAAGAUAUUUGAGCUAACCAGCAUGUGGAGAAAUGUUUAAAACCUAAAUUAGUUGAGAUGGCUUAUCAUUGCCCUUAACAUUUCUGUGGUUUUGGAAGGCCAGCAUGGCUGCUUUUGGAUAUCUCUCCCGCCUGCAAAUGAGCACUUAAAGCAUAGUGUACUUGCAUACAUAUGUAAGGGUAUACAGUGUAUGUGUGAGAGAGAAAGAGAAUGAGAUAACAUUCCACAUAUAUAUCAAUUAACACAGGAGAAAGAAGAGACACAGGAAACUUGGAGAGUAAAAUGGGCCAGAACCAUUCAUCAUUCCAGUGUCAAACAGUCCUUAGCAUAAGAAGAACUUGCCAACUCUAUAAACUACAGUGUGUUCCUUGGAAUAACUUUGGAGCAUUAAUCCAGGCCAUGAUCAUUAUGAAGGCAGUCAUCAUAGCUGCUGCAGCAUCGUUAUGCAGUUUUUUGCAGUUGUCCUUGUCUUGUUACCUAGAAAGUAAGCUCCUACAGCAAGCAUAGCUGUCUGCAGGGACCAUACUAACCAUGUGUAAUUGCCACUGGAGUCUUUAUAUUAAAAAAAAGUAAUGAGGUGAAUGUUUCCAUUGAGUUAGUGUUUAAGUCUAUGCCCCAGCCUGCUGGGUACUUAUAUGAACUAAGAUUGUUAUUCAUGUUGGAGAAAGUUACUAGAAAAUUGCUUUCCCAUGCCAAGUAGGGACCUAAGAAGCGAUUUACUUCCAGGUAGAAUAAAACAAAAGCCCAAUUAUUACACAAUCUGCUAACAAGCUUUUUCCUGAAGAAAGUUGGUAUUCUCCACCAGCUUGUGUUGUAUAAUUUAACUGCAUUAAUAAUAUUAGUAGCCUUAAAAGGCAAAACAUGACUAUAACACACAGAAAAUUCCAUUCCUUCUACAGUGUUUGGAAAUGAUAUUGCUAGAUUAGUCAAGCGAGAGCUCUGCUGUGUAAACCAUGCAGAUUUUAAAAUGGACACCAUUUAAAUAGAAUUUCAGUUCACUGAACGGCAUUUGUUCUAUUCUACCUUAAGGCCACUGUGCUUCAGUGUCUCACUGUGGGUGCAAUAACUAUAGAAGUAAGUAGGAGACAUAACUGCCUGUAGCUUGAUGAUUUCCUUGAUUUAUCUAUAAAAUCAUGUCACAGUUAAGGCCAGUCUUCCAUCUCAUGAACUUCUGUGCUAGGGAGAACUGGCUUUCAGACAGUUAACCUCUGGGCCAUGAUCUUAUAUUUGGAGUUGAAUUUUCUGAGAAGUCUAUGGAGUUGGGGAACAGAAUUCCUCUUUUGCAGUUACUCAUCUUUUAUGAAGAUUGUUUUCAUUCACACCUAUUUGUAAAAAUGACCACUUAGAAGCUAAGGGUUCCAUGUCCCUCCAUUUCAGGCCAUAUUCAGAGAUACUUCAUUCUUUCACUUAUUAUGUAUUUAAAGUUAACUUGUUUGAGUUUUAAAAUUAUGACAGGCCACUUCAGAUGCAAAAACAAACAAAAAGAUUGCCAAACUAAUUAGCAAUCUUGCCAAUUGCCAAAUUUAUGGGAGUACAGCCACAUAUUCUGCCAAACCAACAAUUUUAAUCUCUCCCACUUCACUUGCAUGGAAAAAGACUUGUCUGUAUGUUAGGUAAUAUCUUCAAGGAUUAAAUGUGUAUGACAAAUUGGAACUUUUCAUUGUCCAACUGUCUAGAGUGGUGGCAUUUUAGAAGAGAUGUUAUCUUCUCCAGAACACAUGAUUCUCUCUAAGAAAUUGUAGCAAUAAUUUACUGCAGUGAAGCCACAUGUUCUGGAAGAGUUAAUAGAGCACCCAAAAUGCUUUGACUUGGUCUUAGGAAAUAAUGCCAGCCCAGAAGGAUCUCACCAAGCAUCAUUCUAACUUUCCAACCUCACUGUGAGGCAAAUAUUUCCAAAAAUUCCUUCCCUGAGUACGAAGAUGCACCAUAAAAUGUGAGACUAUGACUUGCAGGUAACCCUCCAUCUUCAACCAUGUCUGGUAGCUUGCAUGCUCCUCCCUCAAUUUUUCCAAGUUUAUGCUCAUUUUGUUCAUUUGUGAAGUAUUGACGGCAUUCAAGUUAGGAAUUUAACUACUAGCAAACCAAGGACAAGUCAAAUCCUAGAAGAAAUCAGUAAGAAAUCUUUUAGGUUUGUGGAAUAUUUCAUUUUAUUGUAAUGCAUUUUUCCUUAAAAAGGGAGAUUUUAAAAGCUUGUGAACCCCACACCUUUUCUUGUUCAAACUGGACUGUGUCCCCAUCAGAAUGUGAAACAGAAAGUGUCAUAUGUGUUCCACUUUCUUCAUAGAGGUACUCACCUAAAAUAUCAGACAAGAUUUGUCUAACUGUUCCAUUGGCUAACCUACACCAUGUGUAAGUCUGUUGAAGGAAUGUGCACUUACUUAUACAUUGUCCUGUGAGUUCUUGCAGUAACCUCUUUAGAGGCUGUGCGUGAAUAGACUAUGAGAGAGCUAUUCUCAUCUAAGUCUAUAUUACAUGAAUGUCUUUAUCCCAAUUGGUCUCCAUUUAAUUUACACAGAAAUAAAUUCACAUGUUUUAUCUUGUGAUGUGAAAGGAAGAAUUGUGACACACAAAGCUCCUAUGAUGCUAUAAUAGCCAUUCUUGUAUGUUGAACUUGAGUGUAAGAACUAUGUCCAUAUUGUAAUUAUUCAUUGCACUUCACCAUAACAAGCUAAUCCUUCUAGACUUACAACUAUAGCUGGGGAUUAACUAUUGCUAUUCAGAAUUUCUGUGUAUUUUUAUACAUUGACUAUAAAUAUUGUCAUUACAGUCAGAUAUUUUUAUGACCAAAUAGUUACAAAUGCAUGGCACAAUGCAUGCAUGGUUACUAAUAGUAUGUAGAUUAUUAAAGACACUAUUUUCAGGGUUGUUACACAUUUUAUUAAACUUCUUAUAUCCCCUAUCAUAAAUGUCUCAUAGGACUUUGGUUGCAAAAGACCUAAAGUCCACAGAAAACUUCAUACUAAGGGAAGCAAUCAGGAAAUUCCCUACUCAUAAUGUCAGCAGCAACCACCUGUACUAAGAUGAUCACUGGAGAACCCCAGGGGCUAAGUCUGAUAUGUUUCGUAAAGGAUCAGGCAGACUGCAUUAGCCAAUAAUUAAACAUGCUUACAUGCUCUGAGUUUGCUAAGGUCAUACUAAACCAGAAGCUAUGGCACCUUAAGAAUGGCAUUGUGACAUUGUCUCCUGGGACUGCAGCAUUCUGUGAGUUAUUCACUCUUCCCUGAGGGAAGUCUAUGUUCAACCAGUUUUCCUGCUGUUUGCACAGUGUUUCGAUAAUUCUUUGAAAGGUGACACUAAAAGCUCUCAUUUACUUCAAGAGAAUUUAGAGAUCACUUUCAUUCUCUUUUUAAAAACAACAAAACUCUUGCCCUUCCUGUUACAAAAAAAAAAAACACAAACCAACAACAAAGAGUUAUGACAAAGUUUUACGGCAUCAAGUCAAAACAUCUAUGGUUGAAUUAGUAUGCCCUUGAAGUCUCCCUGUCUCAAAUCCAAACACAAAACUCCACACCAUCUCUGUGGUGCAGGCCCUUAUGCUAGCAUUUUUUCAGCAAUGAUCUUCAGGUACCCUUCACAGAAAAAUGAUUGCAUUUUCUUUUAUAGCCUUCCUUUAAAAAAAUGACUGCAGCAAUGGUGACCAAAAUGAAAGGUCUUUGCUUGAUGUUCAGCACGCAAGUGCUGCACAUGAUUGCUGCCAUACUUCCGUUUCUGUGUCAGAUGACCAAUGUUCAUCUAGAGGUAGUGCUCGGUGUCCAAAUGUUUUGGAAUUUGGGUAGAUGACAUCUGGGUGAGACUGGAAGAUACUGAAAGAUGGACAAGGCUACAUCUAAGAAACUGAGAUAGAGAAGAGUGGCAUCACUAAAGUCCUUACACACUAGACUUUAUAGGUUAGAAAAUAGCACAGAGGAUCAGAUGGUGCCUCAACUCUACCAGUUCUUAACUGCUAGCAAACCUAGCUAUGUGCAACUAUAUCCCACUGGAAGAUUGUGCUCUUGUUUGUAAGAUUCAGACACUGAGCCUGCUUCUGGAUUUCUAAGCAUGACCAGAUAUGUAGACUCUUGUACAUGAGAGCAAGAAGUUGAAGGACUCUGGAAAGAGGCUUCAAAUAAACAUUGAGAAAAGUAUCAUCUUCAGGAUGCUUUAAUACAUAUAAUGAUUUUGACCAAUUUUUAUGCAUUUAAUGAUAGUCCCUCUCUAUUGCUAAUAAAGAAGUUGUUCGCUUUUCUUGUGAAAUGAAAAGUAAUUCAAAGAAAGAAAUAUGUGGAACCAGUAUUUGCAGUGUCUGUAGAUUGUAUUGACUGUAUCUUAGCUUUUCUACAUCCUUAAAGAGGUUGCCAAGGUAAUAGGAGCUUGGACUACACUGGGAGCCUUUGCCAGAUAGCUAUUUUUAUUACAAUAAAAAUAUUUAUAAAUAAGUUCAUUGAUAAUUUUGCACUUUUAUAAACUAUUGGAAUGUAGUCUCUACUAUUUUGCCCAAUUGACUUUUCCUAAGAAAGCUAUCAUAGGUCAAACUAUUUAUGAAAUUCUAAAAAUCAAAAGAAGAGUUGAGGAUAUAGGAGUAGGAAUUAUUCACAGGCAUUUGGUGAUUCUUGCUCCAUGUUUUGAACUACUGUUCAUCCAAGUUAGGGCUGGUUUUAGCCGUUCGUAACUGGCAUACCUGAUAUGCUUUCCUUCCCUAUACCUGAUAUGCUUUCCUUCCCUUCGUUUUUACAUGUUCCUGUUUGCUGUGUAGCUUAUAGCAUACCUGGUAUGCUUGCCUUCCCUUUGUUUAAUACAGUUACUCAGUCACUAAAGCGACUUCAUUGUCUCCAGGGCUCUCUCAAACCAGUGGAGAAAUAAGAGUUUUAAUUUUUUGGAAGAUUUCAUUGAAGAGAUCCUGGACAAUAUUAGGAGUGAGCACCAUGGGUAAAAGAUAAGUGGAGAUGAUUACAAAUAUGUCACUUUCCAGUCCUUAAUAGAUUUAGCCUGGAUUCUUGGUAACGGUUGUCCACAGCACACUGAGAAACAUAACUGUGAGAAGGGAAUAUGAUCUCCCGCUGGACAUUGAAAUCACUUCCAACAUCAGAGUCAGUAGAUUUCUGAGUAUUAGCAGUCAUUGUGAGAGACCUUGAAAAAGAAAAGAAUAGGCAGCUGUAGUUUUAAGAGUCUGAUACAAUCUAUAGCGUCUGUGUCUGUAUGGAUUUAGGAUAUCCCAGCUUCUUUUCUCCUCUGACAUAAAAGUCUGUUACUGAAAAAUCCGACCUUUCGUUCUGUGAAAGGUGUGCACAGAGCUUAUGCAGCAGGCUUAUCUUAUGUUCCCAUUAAUUAUGCAUAUCCCUUCAGCAAUAGACUUCCUUGCUCUUAAGUAGGAAAUCUAUCACUGUUUGAAAAGGGCAGAGAUCUCACUAAGCUACCUCACAGGGAUACUUAAAGAUAAAAUGGCAUACAACCUUUGACUAAAUGGUAAUAGAAUAUAUUUAUUGCCCUUUUACUUUGUAAACUUGUACCAAGCUAGCUGCAAAACGAGCACCCCUAUGUGUAGCUUUCACCUGUCGGUACCGUUUAUUGUAGGUAUUCACCAAUAUGACAUCACUUGGGAAAGUUGUUCAGUUAUCUCUUCAUGGACAUUCCAGACAAGGAAAAUUACUUUGGAAAGAGUAUUCAUUUAGAAUGAUUAUUGCUUGGGGUUAACUUUGAGAUAGCAGCUCAUCAGGUCAGCCAGCUGUGUCAUCAAAUAUCUGUGGCUAACUUCAGUGAACAACCCAUGUGACCUUCCUCGGUGGACAGGAAAAAGUAGCCAUUCAUGUCUUUAAUAAUGUUAAGCAAAUUUGAAACAAAUGAAAUGAUACAUUUACAUCCUAAGUUUUGUCCUCAGUGGAAAACCACUAUUUCACCUCAGGUAGGAUUCUGAAACACUGGCUGAUGAUAUCAGUGAGGAGAAAACUGCUAGAAAGGACCACUGAACCCUCAGACUUACACAAACCACAGGCAUGAAGGUAGAAACUCAGUGUUUUAUUUGCUUUCCUUUCCCAGAAGACGUACCCACUGGUUCCCAUCCUGGCUCAGUGAUAUGUUAGUCUUCACAACAAAACAAAGUAGAAUGAUAACAUACAUGAAACUGUAAGGCUCCAACAUCUUAACAAUACAAACCAUGGCAAAAUACCACUGCCAGUUGACCAUAAGAAUGGAUUUUUUAAUAUGAUGUUCUUUUUUUUUUUUUUUUGGUUUUACGAGACAAGGUUUCUCUGUAUU